GAGAUAGAAUUUUUUCAAAAAAAAUUAAGAAUGGAUACUAAAGAACACAAAGCUCAUAGGCCACGUCAAUCUGGCGCAAAGAAAGAUAAAAAAACAAAGAAACAGCAAAAAAUUGAAGAAAAAAAUCCAAAGGCUUUCGCACCAGUAUCUGGAAGAAAAGCUGAAAAACUUGCAAGGCGCAAACAAGAAUUAAUCCAAAAGAAGCUCCAUGUUCCACUCGUAGAUCGAACACCAGUAGAGCCACCUCCGAUUAUUGUUUCGGUAGUUGGACCACCUCAAGUUCAUGGGUUUCCAAAGGUCAUGGGAGUUCUUACACAUCUGGACAAAUUCAAAAAUAACAAGACGCUAAAAUCAACUAAAAAGCGAUUAAAGCAUCGUUUCUGGACAGAGAUUUAUCAAGGUGCAAAGCUUUUUUAUCUUUCCGGAAUAAUAAAUGGUCGAUAUCCGAACCAAGAAAUCCAGAAUUUAUCAAGAUUUAUUUCUGUAAUGAAAUUUCGUCCUUUAAUAUGGAGAAAUACACAUCCAUAUUUGGUUGCUGAUCGUGUAGAGGAUUUAACCGAUCCUGAAGAAGUCCGGCAGAAUCCAGUACAUAUCCCUGGCGCUGGCGAUCAAUAUUUGGAUGAUGUUUCAAUUCUUCCCGAUCCAUGUCCAUUACCUGAUAAAGCCCGAAAGAGUUUAAGCGAAAAGCAAAAACUCAUUUAUGCCCCAAUGUCGGAUGUCGAUGCUUCCGACACACUUGCAUCUAAAUUACAAGAAGCAUCGCUUUCGAUUUUUGCAAAUUCUGUCCCUUUAAAAGCUUCUGAUUUGAAUGAAAAGUUUUACGAUGGUAUGAGAUUACACAAUAAUGAUAAUAAUAUCAUGAUUCGUGGAUUUAACAAUAAUUUCCUAAUUUGCUCAGAAUCAACUGAAAAUAAUAAAUCGGAACGUACUCGACGAAGGGUAACGUUUAAUGAUGAAAAUGAUGAAAAUUAUAUGAAUGAAGAAGAUUCAUCGGUAGAAAACAAUACAGCACUGACCAAGUAUGAAGUUGGAGAUUUAGAAGGCAAUAUCAAUAAAGAAAUUGCAUUUGUUGAAAGUGAUAGUGAUAUAAGUGCUGAAAAUGAAGAGUUGGAUGAGAAUGGGUCUGACCUUGACGGAGCAUUAAGAUGGAAAUCUAAUUUAACAAAUAAAGCAGAAAAUAUGUUCAAUGCAAAUCUAUGUGGUGAUUUUGAAGACCUUGAGACUGGUGAAGCUGUAAAAGCGAUGCAAUCGGAAGAAACAAAAGAAGAACUUGAGCAAGAAGUUCUUACUCAAAAACGGAUUUUACUAAAGAAAAAGUUUGAUGCAGAAUAUGAUAACAAAGAUGAUGAACCUAAAGCUGAUUUUUAUGAUGAAUUGAAAGAAGGAAUUUCCAAGCAAUUACAACUGAAUCGUGAAGAAUUUGAUGAUGAUGAUCCACAUACUAGAGUAAUGGUUGAGGGUUUUCGCCCAGGAACUUAUGUUCGAAUUUUAUUAAAAGGAAUGCCUUGUGAAUUUGUCAAAUACUUUGACCCAGUGUACCCAGUAAUUGUUGGAGGGCUGCUAACUACCGAAGAGAAUUUAGGAUUUAUCCAGGAUAUGUUUACUUCAGCAUUGGAAGUAGCGAAAUUCGAAGGUGCUGCAAUUAGAACUGUGUCGGGCAUUCGUGGACAAGUAAAAAAACCAUUAUCGUGGCAAGGCAUGCGUUUGACAGGUGAAAUUCGAAGAGAUUUAAAUAUUAAAACAUCUAUUAACCCCGAAUCCCAAUAUCGAUCAUUACAAGCUGGAUUACCAUUUGCCUCUAAGCCGAAAUUGUUGAAAAAACGAACUAGGCCGACAUACAUGCAAAAACGUGCCGUAGUUUUAGAACCACAAGAGAAGAAAAUAUAUACGCUUAUGCAACAAAUUCAAACAUUAAAGAAAGAAAAAGAUAGAAAACGUAAAGUAAAACAAUCGGAAAGACGAGAAGUACAUGACAAAAAAUCUGCAAAACAAGAGGCGCUCUUGGCAGAAAAAGAAAAGAGAGAGAGAAAAGAAUAUUUUAGAAAGGAAGGCUUAGCACAAAAAAGGGUCAAUAAUUCUUCAGAUGAACAUAAAUCUAAAAAAGCCAAAAUUUAA